AUGUUAGUUUACACAGGAAAAUUCAACACCGAGAGCUACGCCAUCAACGAGAACAUCUUCGUUGUUCUCCUUGAGGAUUGGGUUGAGCGCGGUGGCGUACUUGUUUUUUCGACCUUCACCAAGGAUGAUGCUGGAGUCGAGAAGCGCCCCUUUGACCUUACCACCCAAUACGUUCUCAGAUCGUCCGACUCUGACGUCAAGGCGUUCGCCAUCCGAGACCUCAACAACGAGGCCUUCUAUUGGUUCAACGCCACCCGGGGCACAGACACCAUCACUCUCAACCUCAACCAUGGCGAUCGGCUCAUUACUGAGGGCAUUGAACUGACCAAAUUAAACGCGAAAUGGAGAUUUUGUCGACAGGCUGGAAGGGAAUGGAGCAAGGACAAUUAGCUAUCUUGUGUUCGAUGUCGGAAUAGAUCAAAGUGUUUGCAUCCUU